UUCUACUCUAUAACAGAAACACGAGAAUUCGAAGCGAAAAGCAAAAUGGAAAAUGGUAAUAAGAACGUGUUGAAGCCGAUGGACUCUGAGCAACUGAGAGAGUACGGACAUCGAAUGGUUGAUUUCAUUGCCGACUAUUACAAAACCAUCGAAGACUUCCCUGUUCUUAGCCAAGUUCAGCCUGGUUAUCUUCAUAACCUUCUGCCUGAUUCCGCACCAGACCAACCUGAAACGCUUGAAGAAGUUCUUGAUGAUGUUAAGGGCAAGAUAUUGCCCGGAGUAACGCAUUGGCAAAGCCCGAGUUUCUUUGCUUAUUACCCUUCUAACAGUAGCGUUGCUGGUUUCUUGGGUGAGAUGUUGAGUGCUGGUCUUGGAAUCGUUGGUUUUAGUUGGAUCACUUCUCCAGCUGCCACCGAGCUCGAAAUGAUUGUUCUUGAUUGGCUUGCCAAGCUACUCAACCUACCCGAGCAGUUUCUCUCCAGAGGGAAUGGAGGAGGGGUAAUCCAAGGGUCAGCUAGUGAAGCUGAACUUGUUGUUCUGAUUGCUGCCCGGGACAAGGUUUUAAGAAGCGUUGGCAAGAAGGCGCUUGAGAAGCUCGUUGUCUACUCCUCUGACCAGACACAUUCAGCUUUACAGAAAGCUUGCCAGAUUGCUGGAAUCCAUCCAGAGAAUUGCAGGGUGCUCAAAGCAGAUUACUCUACAAAUUACGCUCUGCGUCCUGAAACGCUUCAAGAAGCUGUUUCUAAGGAUCUUGAAGCUGGAUUGAUUCCAUUCUUCUUAUGUGCUAAUGUUGGAACCACUUCUUCAACCGCAGUUGAUCCAUUAGCUGCACUGGGAGAGAUCGCAAAGAGCAAUGAGAUGUGGUUUCACGUGGAUGCAGCGUACGCUGGAAGUGCCUGUAUAUGUCCAGAGUAUCGACAAUACAUUGACGGAGUAGAAACUGCAGACUCUUUUAACAUGAAUGCUCACAAAUGGUUCCUCACUAAUUUCGAUUGUUCCCUUCUUUGGGUCAAGGAUCAGUAUGCUCUCACUGAAGCUCGUUCAACAAAUCCAGAGUUUCUCAAAAACAAGGCCUCUCAGGCAAACUUGGUUGUUGAUUACAAAGAUUGGCAAAUCCCUCUCGGAAGAAGAUUUAGAUCAUUGAAGCUAUGGAUGGUUUUACGACUCUAUGGAUCUGAGAACUUGAAGAGCUAUAUAAGAAACCAUAUCAAACUGGCUAAAGAUUUCGAACAACUUGUGUCUGAAGAUCCCAACUUUGAGAUUGUCACUCCUCGGAUCUUUUCUCUCGUCUGUUUCCGCAUCGUGCCUGCGGAAAACGAUGAAAAGAAGUGUAAUAACCAAAACCGCAACCUCCUAGACGCAGUGAACUCUUCAGGGAAACUCUUCCUUUCUCACACUGCUUUGUCGGGAAAAAUUGUACUACGUUGCGCCAUAGGAGCGCCAUUGACGGAAGAGAAGCACGUGAAGGAGGCAUGGAAGGUUAUCCAGGAAGAAGCAUCAUACUUGCUUCGCAAGUAAACAAGAUAAAAAGAAUUUAUAAUAAAACCUGUUUUUGCCAACAAAUUAACCGAAGCACUGGUUUGGUUUGGUUUUAAUUUGGUUUGGUUUAAUUUGGUUUGAUAUAAUCAUAUAAAAAUAAAUAAAACCUACCAAAGCUGGACUGAUGAACUUACAUUUGAUUUCGGUAAGGUAAUCUUGUGUGUAUUUUUUUUUU